AACUACCACUCCAGACCAAUGAACAUGCAAAUCACAAAUACUUUAGGAGUCACGAAAAAUGACCAAAACUUCAUGUAACAACACCAAUGAACAUGCAAAAAUGAGUUACCAACUACCACUUCAGAAACAUUAGCAUUCUCAAAACUUCAAACUGGUUGUUUCAUUCGUUGAGAAAAAAAACCCAACUGCGUUCAUCGAAUACGAACAAAUCUUCUUCGUUCGUUUGUCAGAAUCAUCUUUCGUUCGGUCAUUCAGGAUUUUCAUCAAACAAGUGGUGGGUAGUUUAUAACGUUUGGUAAAUGGUAAUGGCAAGCAUUGCAACCACUUGUAAUUCCGCUUUGUUUUUUAAGAGUAAAGAUUCAGGAAACAAUGGAGUUUCUUUGCUUCAGUGUAACCGUUCCAAAGCUUCAAAAUCUUUACCAAUCAAAGCCAUGGCUGCACUAAACAUUUCACCGCCUAAACGAGAAACAGACCCGAAAAAGAGGGUAGUCAUUACAGGAAUGGGAGUUGUAUCAGUGUUUGGUAACGAUGUGAAUACAUUUUAUGAGAAACUUCUAGAGGGACAAAGUGGAAUCACACUGAUAGACAAAUUUGAUGCUUCCAGUUUCACUGUUCGUUUCGCUGGUCAAAUUCGCAAUUUUUCGUCAGCAGGUUACAUCGACGGAAAGAGUGACCGCCGUCUUGAUGACUGCUGGCGGUAUUGUUUGGUUGCCGGUAGAAAAGCCCUCGAUGAUGCCAAUCUUGGACCUCAAGUUCUUGAAACCAUUGAUCGAACGAGGAUCGGGGUUCUAGUGGGAUCGGGAAUGGGUGGUCUAACAACGUUUAGUAACGGUGUGGAAGCGCUUAUUCAAAAGGGGUUCAAGAAAAUCACACCUUUUUUCAUACCUUACUCGAUUACCAACAUGGGGUCCGCUUUGUUGGCGAUAGAUAGGGGCUUAAUGGGGCCUAACUACUCGAUUUCAACUGCUUGUGCGACUGCAAAUUAUUGUUUUUACGCAGCUGCAAACCACAUUAGAAGAGGAGAAGCAAAUAUCAUGGUAGUUGGUGGGACUGAGGCUGCAGUUAAUCCUACCGGGGUUGGCGGGUUUAUAGCUUGUAGGGCCUUGUCCCAAAGAAACGAUGAGCCCCAUAAGGCGUCUCGCCCUUGGGACCAAGAUCGCGAUGGUUUUGUUAUCGGUGAAGGUGCGGGGGUCCUGAUAAUGGAAAGUUUGGAGCAUGCAACUAAAAGAGGGGCAAAUAUUAUCGCCGAGUAUUUGGGAGGUGCGAUCACAUGUGACGCGCAUCACAUGACCGAUCCUCGCAAAGAUGGGCUUGGGAUUUCGUCUUGCAUAACCAAAUGUUUAGAACAUGCUGGUGUUUCUCCGGAAGAGGUGAAUUAUGUGAAUUGUCAUGCAACAUCAACCCUUGCUGGAGAUUUGGCUGAAGUUAUUGCCAUCAAAAAGAUCUUCAAGAAUACAUAUGAAAUGAAGAUGAAUGGGACCAAGUCGAUGAUCGGACAUGGUCUUGGAGCUGCUGGUGGGUUGGAAGCAAUUGCGUGCAUAAAAGCUAUCACUACCGGUUGGCUACACCCGACGAUUAAUCAAGAUAACUUGGAGCCUGAAGUUGACAUUGAUACUGUCCCAAAUGUGAAGAAACAACAUGAAGUCAAUGUUGCCAUCUCUAACUCCUUUGGAUUUGGAGGACACAAUUCUGUGGUUGCAUUUGCUCCUUAUAAGCCGUAAACGCGCUUUUUAACUUUUAUAACCACUUCCACCCGCAUAAAGUUCUGAUUUUUUACGCGCAACUUCACAAAUGUAUUCUAUAUGAGUUCAAGAACUAUAAAUAUAUAUUUAAUAACGCUCUUUGCCUUUUGUAAUCAUCCUUUUAUCUCCA